AUGGAAGGGAAGGAAUCCGAAUCUAAAUUCUCUAUGCUGCUAAAGCCAAUUCGAGAUUUGGCGGAUAACUGGAAUAUUGAUAUUGCGGCAGAGCUAGAGGAGUAUUUGGAAGAUUUGGAAUCGGUCGUAAUAUCGUUUGAUGGAGGAAAAUCGAAUCUAAAUUUUGCCGAAGCAGCGCUUAUGAUUCAAGGAUCCGCCGUGGUUUACAGCAAAAAGGUCGAAUUUCUCUACAACCUUGUAUUUGAGACACUUGACUUGCUGUCAAAGCAAAAGAAGCAAAAGCGAGAAGGUUCAAAAGAUAAAGGUAGUUUCUGCUUUUUCUCUGUCACUCUAGGUCUUGGCCACUUAGUUAUCGAUGAUCCUGUUGUUGUUCUCGACGAUUCUAUCUUUGGUGAAAGGGAGUCGAUUGAUCUAAAGUCGAAUGAAAAGGAAAACCAAAGACGCAGUGCACUUUCCGUAAAUCUCCUAUUUUUUUAUCCUAUCCAGAAUGAUCACAACCGGUACUCCUUCCUACGUCUCUACGAAUCCAACAUGGGGUUAAUCAGCAGUAGUCUGACAACCGACAGCAAGGACAAAAGCUUUUUGUAG